UUUUGGAGGUGAUUAAAUAAGACAUAACGUGGCGAAUAGCUUACAAAGUUUUUAUUUUUGCGAAGAAAAAUGCAAAACGACCCGGGAAAAUCCAUCAAAAAUUCGCUUUUUAAUCCAAAUGUAACUGGCAGCACAUACGAGGACUUCGCCCAACAUGCUAUGAUUUUUCCUGCACAAGCACCAUCUGUUUCACCUUCAAAUACAGAUCAAGAUCAACAAAUACCCGAAAUAUCAACUACGAGUAAUAAUUUUACAAUAGAACCGGAUUACCAACCAGAACAAUUCGGCGAGGUUACUAUUCAAGACGAUUAUUCGCAGCAACCAUCAAAUAUUUCAUCGUUUUUAUCAUCAUUUUCCAACAUUUGGAAACCAAGCUCUUCGUCGGAACAACAAGAAAAUUUUGGGGUCACCCAACAAAUCGAACCUACUCAACCUCCCACAAUCGGUGAUUAUUUCGCUUCAAGCAGCCCUCAAACACAAACUCGAGAAGUACCAUUUUAUUCCCCAACGGAUGUUCCAAUAGGGCCACCACCCCCAUCAACAACCACAACAAACACCUACAGGCGUUCAGGUUUAAAAAGAGCAGUUUAUGCCCCAGUUCCGGGUCUUUCAAAACCUCAAGAUCAACCAAACAUUUUUGAUGCAAAUUAUAUCCAACCAAUUUCAUCAAAUGUUUUAACCCCGGACACUUUACCAGAAGUUCAAAGAUCGAUUACUCCAAAACAAAUAAUUCAAGAACCAAAAAGUUCCGAAUCAAAUUCGCCAUUUUUAAGUCCAGUACAAGAUUUAUCAGAACCUUUCGUUAAAAUGCCCGUUAACGAGGUACCUAAUUCAAAUUCAAAUAAUUUACCAUACGCUUAUCGACAAGACAAUUUCUUGCCGACAUCAAACGCGGAAGUGACUAAUUCGCUGUACAGACCGGUGUAUCAACAUUGGUUUUAUCGAAAAAAUAAAGAGGCGAAAACACCAUGGCUGCCAUUUUCAAUGCACGAUUCCCAAAAUUUAGAAGCUGCGUUUACAUCAACUGAUCUCUCACCCGAAACGGUGGUCAAAACUGAUGGUGGGCGUUACGACGUAAAUAUAUUACGUAGAGAACGAAUUUCGGUUUAUUGGAAAAGUAACCCAACGGAAGUAAAAAGAUGUUCGUGGUUCCAUAGGCACACAAGCGGCGACGGCAAAUACAUUCCAUUCGACGAAAAUAUCGCCGCAAAACUCGAAGAUGAAUAUAAAAUUGCGUUUGAAACUAACCAGUGGCAUAGAAAAGUCGAUAUCCAAAACGGGGAGACUGUCAUUCUUCAUGGAGUGGAUGUUUUAAUUUUGUUUCCUUCUACUCCAUCACCAGAUACUUGGGGAAAUGCGCCGCAAAAUCAAAUCAAACCAAGAAUAGUUAAACGAGGAAUGGAUGAAUUCGAUAUAGACGAAGGUGAAAGUGAAACUGUUGAUCACCUAUUAUUUAUGGUACAUGGAAUCGGAGCGGCUUGUGAUUUAAAAUUUAGAUCGGUUGAAGAUGUAGUUGAUGAAUUCCGUUCGAUUGCUCUUCAAUUAGUGAGAGCUCAUUAUCGUUCAUCUUGCGAUCGUAAAAUAGUGCAUCGCGUGGAAGUUUUGCCAGUAAGUUGGCAUGAAAAACUUCAUUGUGAUGAUACUGGAAUUGAUAAUAAAUUGAAAAGUAUCACUUUGGAGAGUAUCCCGAAAUUGAGAGAGUUUACUAAUGAUACACUCUUAGAUAUAUUGUUUUAUACAAGUCCCGUUUAUGGACAAACUAUUAUUACGUCUGUUAGCAACGAAAUAAACUCGGUUUACGAAUUGUUCAAACAACGAAAUCCGAGUUUUAAUGGUGGGGUUUCUUUGGGUGGACACAGCUUAGGUUCGCUGAUUUUAUUUGAUAUUCUUCGUAAUCAACGUACUCCGGCUGAGCCACAAAAAGAAAUUGGAGAUUUAUUGCAACCAGACAAUGCUGUUUCGUUGUCAACGGAAGAGAAACCACAUCCUAUGAAUCGAAGUAUGAGUAGAAGGUUUAGUUAUGUGUUAGGAACCGUGGGAACAGGUCAACCAGAAAUAAUGUAUCCGCAAUUAGCGUUUCAACCACAUACAUUUUUCGCAUUGGGAUCGCCAAUCGGAAUGUUUGUAACAGUUCGCGGAUUAGAAACUUUAGGGGAAACAUUUAAACUCCCAACAUGUUCAGGUUUCUUCAACAUAUUUCACCCAUAUGAUCCAGUCGCGUACAGAAUCGAAUCGCUUGUUAAUGAGAAAUUGGCUGACAUAAAACCGGUGUUAAUACCACAUCAUAAAGGAAGAAAGCGAAUGCACUUGGAAUUGAAAGAGACAAUGACGCGAGUUGGAGCUGAUAUUAAGCAAAAGGUGAUGGAUUCCAUGAAGAAUACGUGGAAUUCGUUCUUUCAAGGUUGGACAAGUAACAAACCAAGUUUAGAGGAGGAAGUUGAUAAAGCGAUUGAGGAAGGUUUCUCAAGCAACAAUCAAGAAAAUAAUAAUGAAAACCAAGAAAAUGAAAAGACUGAUCUCUGUCUUGGGUUGUUAAAUAAAGGAAGAAGAAUCGAUUAUGUGUUACAAGAAGCACCCGUCGAAUUUUUUAAUGAAUACAUUUUUACUUUAUCUAGUCAUUUAUGUUAUUGGGAAUCUGAAGAUACAAUAUUAAUGAUGCUUAAAGAAAUUUAUGGAACUUUAAACAUUUCUCCAGAUAAUCAAAUUCCACAGCAAACGAUGACGAUAGAAAGACCACCAUCAUCACCCCAAUCAGCAAGAUCUUACGUAACUUCAACUACAGUAAAUAAUUCGCAACUGGGGGUUAAUCCAACUUUACCAAUGAAUAAAAACGCAGACAUUGGACCACCACCCGUUUCCGGAUUUGUUAGAAAAUCGUAAUGACGAAAAACAUUUACCGUUUUGAUUCAAUCUGUGAUUGAUAUUGUUUUGAGAGUUUAAAAAAAAAUGUAAUUUAUUUUCAUAUGGUUCGAUUUUUUAAGACAAUUUAUUAUUAAAUGUUAUAGUA